AUGUCUAAUCAAGGACUAUUUCUGAUUUUUUCUCUGUUGUUUACCUGCUUCUUCAGGGAGAGCUUCUGCAUUUGUGAUGGAACUACCUGGACAAAGGUUGGAUGGGAGAUUUUUCCAGAAGAAGUACACUAUCUGAAAGUUAAGGUUUCUCCAUCUCACUGUCUACCUUAUCCUCUGGACAAACUAUGCUGCAACUUUGCUAACAUGGAUAUAUUUCAGGGGUUUUUACAUCUCAUUUAUAUUUUAGCACAAGCUCUCUCUUUAAUCCUAUCUGUUUUAUCUGCGCAUUACCUGUGGAUGAAAUGGAAGAAACACCAAAAAAAGCUGAAAAAACAAGUCUCCUUAGAUAAGUUUAGUAAUGAUCUAGAAAGCCCAUCCAUCUAUGACAUUGAUCAAAUACUCUGCAGACUGGUGGCCACAACGUCAAUGAUGACCAAGUACCUGAAACAGGUGUCUCACCAUCCUUCUUCUAGGAAAAUUAAGCACCGCAAAUUAAAGAGGAAGAAGAGUGAAGGCGAAGGAGCCAGAGGCUGCUAA